AUGGCUCGUCGCGUCAGUCUUGGACAGUACUGCAAUAUCGAAAACAGCAAGAUGGUCAAGUCAUCCACCGUAGUCAUUACCCUGCUGGUGGCCAUGGCGGCGGCAGCGCCUAUUCCCAUCGGGGCGAAAAACACUCCCUCCCACUUGAACGAUAACAAGCCCCGGCUAGAGUCCCCCACGUUGGGCAACCUCCUGCUGAAUCCGGAAAUUUUCAAAUCUUUCAAGUUUUCUGGUCUGGUUGAGCCUGUCGGAGACGCACUCGCUAACCCUCCCCAACUCGUUCCUCUUCCAUCGUGA